GCGGACACAUUAAGGUGAAGGAAUACGAUGAUGAACUCCGAAAGGGAGAUAUUGAAACAACAUCUGUUCUCCAGAACACAUGUGGCACAUAUUGCUUGAAGCUACUGAUGCACUAUUUCUCCAAAAUAAGUUCCUUGGGCUUGCCGGGGCAGCCUUGUACGCAGAUUGCAAGAGGCAGAGACAGACAAGGCCAGUUAGAUAAUAGAGUCCAUUCCCAAGAAUAGUUGAUGAACAGAUAUGAGAUCUCUUCUCAGCCUUGCGUACAGGAAAUGUGGAAAAUAAUCUGUGGCCCAGGCAAAUCCUGCGAAGUAUUUCAGUACAAUACCCUAUGCUCAAGCACUUCAUUUAAUCACCUAUUCAAGCUCUUGAAUACAGCAGAUCUUCCAGAGUGACUUGGUAUCUACGCAGGAAGCAUUCCACAGCACACGAACAUUUAAUCUCUAAAUCUGGCACAACGAUGCAUUAGACGAAGCCAGACUGGUGCAGAAAUUUCAUACUGAAGGAUGAAUAGUGAAGAAGAGUUUUAUGAUGCCGUUACGGGCUUUGAUUCUGACAAUUCUUCGGGGGACUUUUCAGAAGCAAAUCAUAAAGUUGCAGAAAUGAUUGACCGGGAUCCACACCAAAGCAGUAGGACUGGGAAACCUAAUGGAGAGGCUCAGCAUCAAGAGAAUGGAAUUAAGGAACACAGAGCUUCAUUGCCUGCCCCAAUGUUUUCUAGAAGUGAUUUUAGUGUGUGGAGUAUAUUAAAAAAAUGCAUUGGCCUGGAGCUGUCUAAAAUUACAAUGCCCAUUGUCUUCAAUGAGCCUUUGAGCUUCCUCCAGCGAAUAACAGAAUACAUGGAACACACAUACCUCAUCCGUAAAGCUUGCAGUCACACGAUCCCCCUGGAAAGAAUGCAGGCUGUGGCUGCUUUUGCAGUGUCUGCUGUAGCUUCUCAGUGGGAGAGAACUGGCAAACCAUUUAACCCUUUGCUAGGAGAAACCUAUGAGCUUACCAGGGAGGAUUUAGGCUUUAGGUUGAUAUCUGAACAGGUCAGUCAUCACCCACCAGUUAGUGCAUUUUAUUCUGAAGGCUUCAAUAAGGACUUUAUUUUUCAUGGAUCAAUUUACCCUAAGCUAAAAUUCUGGGGGAAGAGUGUAGAAGCAGAGCCCCGGGGAACAAUAACUUUGGAGCUUCUAAAAUAUCAUGAAGCGUACACAUGGACAAAUCCAACCUGCUGUGUACAUAAUGUAAUUAUUGGUAAAUUGUGGAUAGAGCAGUAUGGAACAGUAGAAAUCGUAAAUCACAGUACUGGAGAUAAAUGUAUCCUUCAUUUUAAACCAUGUGGACUGUUUGGAAAGGAGCUUCACAGAGUGGAGGGAUAUGUUCAGGACAAAAACAAAAAGAAGCUCUCUGUGAUCUAUGGUAAAUGGACAGAAUGUUUAUGGUGUAUUGAUCCUACCAUGUACGAAACCUUUAAAAAGAAUGAAAAGAGAGGUGGAGACCAGAAGAAAUUGAAACCGAGUGAAGAUGCUAUUAAAUCUGAAAAUGAUGAGGCUGAUGAUAUGCCAGAGAUCCAAGAGACGGUACAGGUUAUGCCAGGCAGUAAGUUACUGUGGAGGAUAAAUUCUAGACCUCCGAACUCAUCGCAGAUGUACAAUUUCACCAGUUUUGCUGUAAGUCUCAAUGAGCUGGAAAAGGGUAUGGAAGCAAUAUUAGCUCCCACUGACUGUCGGCUGCGUCCAGAUAUCAGGAGCAUGGAAAAUGGUGACCUGGAUCUGGCCAGUAAGGAGAAGGAGAGAUUAGAAGAGAAACAAAGAGCUGCUCGCAAGGAGCGUGCAAAAGAUGAAGCAGAAUGGCAGACGAGAUGGUUUCAACAAGGCACUAACCCAUACACAGGGACUUCAGACUGGUUGUAUUCAGGUGGCUACUUCGAUAGAAAUUUCUCAGACUGUCCAGAUAUAUACUGAAAAUUCUGAACCUAUCACUCCAUCUCAUCUGGACAUCUAAUUCUUAGAAUUCACUCUAAGCCAGUUAAUCUGGUUUUGUUAGUAGCCAAAACCAGCUUUUCUAAAGUAAGUUUUAAUGAAAAUUGUAUCGUUUACCAAUCAAGGAUUUAAUUGUCAUUAAUUUUUGACUGCCAAAUAUUUAAAUGCUGUUAUGUUCCCUCCAUAAAGCUGCACUUAAAUCAUCAUGUGUUCACUAAUUUUUAAGGGGAUGUGGGUUUUGGUUUUUGUCCUUGCGUUGUGUUGUGUUUUAGUUUGGUUUUGUCAGAAAUGGCUGUAGCCAUUAAUGCUCACAGCACCCUUUUUAAUGAUACAAUUUAAUAAAAUAGCAGAGCGAUCCUUGUUAUUUAGUACAGUGAGAGAGAGUAUACAUUCAGAACUUGGAACAAUGGUGACUAAUCUGUACAGUACAAACAUUAUCAAAACUGCCACAGGCAAUAUUCCCUGCAAAGAAGUGUACGUGAAAUACUCAUCUAGUAUGUUCGUGCUUCAGAGGUCAGAGCUUUUGGUCUCCAGCCCAUCGGGCUAAGAACAAGUACAGUUCCUGGUCUCUUUCUCAAUACAGCUCAAUGAAUGAAAGACUUGAAAAAAUAUAAAACAUGAAAUAUUAGCUUCUCAAACCGCAGUAAGUCGGUUGCUCUGAAUUUUUCAGCCUUUGGACACUGUGAACAUUUAAACUAUAGAUCUGUAAUAAGAUUGCAGAAACAUAGGCUUGGAGAUAGGAAGGGUGCAUUAAAAAUUUUGCUUAUCUGAAGUCAGAUGUUACUCUUUAAAAUAAAAACAGUUUCAUAGACAUUUGUAGAAAUGUCAAAGUGGAUACAGCAUAAGAUAUUUGGUAUUGCUUGCUGCCACUUGGAGGCUUAGUUCUCCACUACUUUUGGCAGCUUUAGCACUAUAUAUGCUUCUAGACUUAAGUUUUUCUUUGAAGCACUUAGUAUAUAAUUAUAUCUAGAGUGGUCAUGUUUGUUUGGGGGUUCUGUUUGGUUUUGUUUGCAUGUUCUGAAGCAUUAUUGGGUCACAUCUGGUUGAACGUUGUGGAAAAAACAUUUUUAAAGCGAUGUGGCAUAACUAUACCUAUUAGAAAUAUUUUAAAUCCUCUGUAAGCACGUGCAGUCAGUAAGAGUGGAUUUAUUUUCGUUUGCAUCGACUGUCAAAGCCAUAUAAUAUUGGAACUGGCUGAAGUCAGUUUAUUGUAUCUAUAAAUUUAUGGAGUUUAUUUUCAAAGUGGUGCAUUUCUGAGAUCGGGGCGUUGAAAAAUUAGGCUUAGUGAUGAAACCAGCUUUAGUAAUUGCUGGUUCUUUUAUGAAAGCUUUUAAUUUAGUAACCAGUAGAAACUGGAGAGUGGCUACAUUGCUGCUAAGUUUACAGUAAUUCACAGACUGCUGAUGUUAAGCAACAAGCAACUCCAAGUAUUCAUGAGAAGAAUCAGUGUGGUCGAUGCCUUCCAGAUGCAUUUGAGGAUUCAUACCUGUGACUUCAUCCAAAGACAAGGUUUUGAACUGUAUCUGCCAGCUAGAAGAAACAUUAAAAAAACAAAACCCCAAGAAAAGGUGGUACUUUUUUUUUCAUCUGAAAUUAUGGACCUGAAGAUGAGAAACUGGAUAUUUGUUACAUUUUAGUCAUAGUUUGUUCAUCUUUUUUCCAAUGAAAAAGGUCAAGGCAAUAAAAGUUCAACUCUGAAAUACAUUCAUGCCAACUGUAUCCCGCUGUCAGAAAUCAGAGUUUGUGUUGACCUUGAAGUCUCUUGGACAACCAGACUAGUUGAUGGUACUGUGCCUAGAGGUAAAAUAAUAUUCACUUCUGCUUAUGAGAGCAUUAAGCUUCUGCUUUUCAUAAGGCAUAACUAAUCUAUAUGAGCAGCUCAGAAAUUACUUCCUGUCAAAUUUUGUGUAACUCUUAAAUCUAAAAGAUUAAUAUUUUCAAUACUAGCAGCCCCUUCACUUUUCUUUGCAAGCAAGGGAGUGCUGGGCAUGGCUACCAGUGAAAACAGUGAAGGGAUUCAUUCACAUUUUAAGCUAGUUUUGUAAUGUCUCAUGAGUGAAACUAGUUUAAGCUAAAUGCUUAUGUUUUUUUCCAUUUGUUAGCAUACUGUUUUAAUAUACGUAGAUUGAAAUGCAGUCACCAGAAUGGAGAAAUGUUACAAUAAUGUGUUUUUGAAAAACUACCUUAUUUAUAAAGAUGAUGUACAGGUGAGAAGUUUUGAAAUAUCUUCAUUAUGCAAAAAAAAAAAAAGUUGUUUUAUUUGUAUAUGAAAAGAUGCACAUUUUAAUCCAGAUUGCAUUAUAUCACUCUUCAUGGAAUAAAAAGUACCUUUUGGCAGUUUUAAAUCAAAGCCCAGAGAAACUUCUCUGUUUUUCUUCCCCUUCUCCUCUUCCCCACCCCAUCCUCAAGCAUCUCCUUUUUUUCCUGAAAAUCUUAAGUGAAUCCUGUGCUUUUCUAUUCUUCUUUUGGAUUAUUAGUCUAUAUGCAAAAUAUUGACCAAACUCCCAUGCAUCUUUGAAAAGCAUAGGUUCACCUUGUCCCGUGGCACCUAGUCCCAUAUUUUGAUGAUUCUGUUUGAAGUGAAAAGACUUUAAAUUCUCACCUUAGUGGUUUAGUGUUUACGUCUAAAACUAUUGAACUUUGCACCUUUUAAAUACUGUCACUUUUAUAACUUGAUGAAACACUGACUAUAUGUAAAGUAGUUGUUAGUGUAUGUUAAUACACUUGCCUGGGCAGGAAAAACAUUUAAAAAGAAACAGUAAUAAAUGCUAACCAUGCUUCAAGCCUGUACCAGGUGAGAGGGAUGUUGCUGUAGCAGGAAAAAUUUAUACUUUGAACUUUUUUUGUGGAGGCAAGAGGAUAGUUGCAUAUUAUUUUGGUUGGACCAUUUUCUCCUCUAUCCAGCCUGGUUCUUGUUGGUGACUUGAGUUGAAGUAAAGCUCUUAUCCCACAAACAGCCUCU